AGGAAGAAGUUGAUAGAUCUUCUACGUAAAUGAAAGUAAAAGGAAUAAAAGGGUUGGGUGUGGAGAGGAAAGGUAAAGCAGGUUUCACAGCACCUCCAGUAAGUAAGUAAAUGUACUGAGUUUAAGAAUUUAAGCAGAUAUUUUUAUUACUACAAAUUUUAAGUUAAAACUUCUAUUGGCUGAAAACUGACUUCAGUCAUGGCAGACGCUCUGUCCUUCCUGGAAGAGGACUUGACAUGUCUCAUCUGUUGUGAUGUCUUCACCGAUCCGGUCACUCUGAAAUGUAGCCACAGUUUGUGUGAGAAAUGUCUCCAGCGUUUCUGGACGACUCAGGACGUGCCGCGGUGUCCAGUCUGUCGGAAGGAAUGCUCUCACGACGAACCCACCAAGAGCCUGGCGUUCAGAGCACUCUGUGAGACCUUCAAGAAGAGAAAACCCUCCGCUGUUUCAGGAGACGUUUGUCCAGAACAUAAAGAGGCACUCAAACUCUUCUGCUUUAAGGACCAGCAGCCCAUCUGUUUGGUCUGUUACACGUCAAAGAAGCAUGAAAAUCACAAGUGUUCUCCUGUCGACGAAGCCGCUGGGAAUUUAAAGGAGGAUCUCAAGACUCAAAUGGACAGACUUCAGGUGGCACUCGCAGACCUCAGGAAAGCACAUGAGAGCUGUGUGAAACAGGCUGAGCUCUUUAAGGAACACACUAAAAUGGAUGAAAACCAGAUCAAGAAGGAAUUUGAGAAGCUCCAUCAGUUUCUUAGAGAUGAGGAGAAGAAACACAUCAGAUCCUUGCAUAAAGAAAUUAAACUUCUAGAUGAGAAUCUCAAGGCCAGAAUGGAGGAGUUGUCCACACAGAUAUCAGAUAUGUGUGAGAAUAUGGCAGCCGUCUGGCAGGACAUGGAAGAAGAAAACAUCACAUUUCUCCAGAAUUACAAUGAUACAGUAAAAAGACUCCAACACCCAUCAGUACCACACACAACCCCUGAACUACAGGAGUAUCAACACUAUCCCAUUCAGACCGUGAUCUUCACCACCUGGGCCAGAAUGCAGAACCUUGUGGAACAGCCUCCUGUGACUCUGGAUCCAGACACAGCCUCCAGUAAACUACAGGUGUCAGAGGAUCGCACCAGUGUUGAGUAUUUAGAAAUUAAAAUGAUUAAGUCUGAUAACCCAGAGAGGCUGUAUGUGGGAGUGCUGGCUUCACAGGGCUUCAGCUCAGGUGUGCACUGCUGGGACGUAGAGGUAAGAGACAAUGACCACUGGACUCUGGGAGUAGUGGGGGAGAUGGUGGACCGCAAAAGACUUUACAAAAUGGACCCGAAGAGUCGUUUUUGGUGUUUUCGUUACGUGAAUGGUACAUACAAGAAAGGAAGUAAACCUGUCUGUGAUAUUGAUAGCAAUGAAUGCCCAGAUAUCAUCCGACUGCAGCUGGACUUUGAUGAAGGAGAGCUGAGAUUCAUCGACCCUUUCAGAAACAGAGUUUUAUGCACCUACACCGGUGGAUUUCCAGAGAAGGUGUUCCCAUAUUUCUGUAGCGGAGAUUUGGACACACCACUUAAUGUUUUCCCGGCAAAUAGACAAACAGUGUAAAUACCAACUAAUGCUUUUUUUUUAAAAACACAUUGUGUUUAUGUACGUGCCAAGAUAAUAAUCAAAAGGAAUUAUGUUCACGCAGUGUGACUUGAAUGUGAACAUUAUUCUUGGGGUCGUUGUAUGUCAAUUUAUAUGGCUAUGCGUUUUUUGUUGCGGCCGCCAUCUUUAGGACCUUGCG